CCAUUGCUAUUGUGACUCCGUUGCCAUUUGUUCGUGCUCGUUGCGGGUAUUCUUUUAUCUUCCUUUUUACGCGACCCAGUCCCACCAUGUCGAAUCCCAUCGUGUACUUCGAUAUCGCCGCCGAUGGCGAGCCCGUGGGGCGCGUAAAGUUUGAGCUGUUUGCAGAUAAAGUUCCAAAGACAGCAGAGAACUUCCGUGCUUUGAGCACUGGGGAAAAAGGCUUUGGUUAUAAGGGGUCCUGUUUCCACCGAAUCAUUCCUGGAUUCAUGUGCCAGGGUGGUGACUUCACUCGCCAUAACGGAACAGGGGGUAGAUCAAUUUAUGGUGAGAAGUUCCCUGAUGAGAACUUCCUCCUCACGCACACAGGCCCAGGAAUCUUGUCUAUGGCAAAUGCUGGUCCUGAUACAAAUGGGUCUCAAUUCUUCAUCUGCACUGCCAAAACUGAUUGGUUGGAUGGGAAACAUGUGGUCUUUGGCCAUGUCAUAGAGGGAAUGAAUGUUGUGGAAGCAAUGGAGCGCUUUGGAUCAAAAAAUGGCAAGACAAGCAAGAAGAUCACCAUCUCUGAUUGUGGGCAGCUGUCAUAAAAAUUCCUUUCUCUUAACAAUCAAUCAUUCCUUCUGUAGCUGGGGUCAGUCCCCUGUAAUCUUUGUGCUUCUGACUUACUGCUGCUUUUCUAUUGGGUUUCAAUUCCUCCUUCACAAGUCCAGCUGGACUGAAGACAACUUUGUUUGCAAAAUGAAAUAAAAUGAUUUAAACCACA